UUGUCGACAAAUAUCGUGAUGAUUACGCUCCAGUGUACCACCCACAAAUUUAUUUUUUAUUAUUAAGAAAUUGAUUACAAACAUUUUCGAAGGAUCAGAAUGCUUAAUGAAAAGUCCAUGUGUUCAAUUCCACCUUCUGAUGUCGUGGAGGCGGAUGUUCGAGAAGAUGAAGAGCAGGCUGUUAAGUUCAAUGAGAUUGUGGAUCUUUUGGUGGCGGCUGGCUACUUCAGGGCGAGGAUUAAAGGAUUGUCCAAUUUCGACAAGGUAGUUGGCGGAAUGACGUGGUGUAUUGAAUCUUGUAAUUUCGAUGUGGAUGUCAAUCUUCUGUUCCACGAGAAUUUGACAAUUGGCCAGAAAAUAGCUUUGACUGAAAAAAUAGUUGCAAUGCUUCCAAUAAUGAAUUGCCCACAUUGCAUUGAACCUCACCAGAUACAGGGAUUAGACUGUAUUCAUAUAUUUCCAGUUAUACAGUGGCUUGUAAAGAGAUCAAUGGAAAUGAGAAAAGAAAUGGCAGGUUUCGUUCGAGAAUUUGCUAUAAACCAAUUCGGUAAACUGCAUUCAUCAGAUGGAAAAACAGAGAAAAACAGAGUCGUCAGUGAGGAUAUUGAAGCAAAUCUUAAAUUAGUGAAAAGAGCGUAUGAACCACGAAGAAGAUUUAAGAGAGCAACGGCUGAACCGAAAGACGAAAUAUCUAGGGUGAAAAGUACUUUACUGGAGUACGGAAAUCUGCCCGUAUCUACAACAAUUUCGGAGGAUUUUGAAAAAGAGCAAAAAAGUUCUGAAGUUGUUAGGGAGGUUGAUUCGGAGAAUUCUGGUGCUCGAUUGGUUACUUUAGAAGAGGAACGACUGAGUGCCAGUGCCGUGGGGAACAUUGUCGGACUACAGGCCCAAGAAAUAAUUGAAGUUUCAGAAAAAUAUGCAUCUUUAUCUACUGAAGCUGGGGAUAUAAGGAGUGGAUUAAGAUUGUUAAUUGCUCUUGAAAAACAACGAUUAAAUUUUCAAUAUCGAGUGAAAAAGUUGAAAAAAGAAAGAGAAAUGCAAAUUUCCGAAAUUUCCGAGGAAACUGAAAAAUUGGAACAGAUACAGGCGGAUAGACAAAAUGUGGAGGAUGCAUUUGUGAAAAUGAGCAAGAUGGAGACAGAAGAGAACAAAGGGAUUCUCUUAAAAUUAGAAGAAUUGUUAGCAGUUCAUGCGGGUCUCAAAGACCAGGAGCACAAGUUCAGAGAGCAAUGCAAAUCAGAUUUAAUGUACCUACAGAAACUAGUGAAGAAUUGUGGUGAGACUUGUGAACCACAAGAGGAGCAGAAUCGAGUGGUUGAAUACGAUGCCCUAAAGGAGUCAAUCAAUAAGACUAGAUUGCUACUAGCGAAGAAAAAUCGCGCGAUCGCCUUAUUAAUGAGGCAAUUAGAUGAUGUUCCUGGGCGGUCGGAAUUGACCCAGUAUCAGAGGCGAUUUAUGGAAUUAUAUAAUCAAGUUUCAACAAAGCACAAAGAAACGAAACAAUAUUACACCCUUUACAAUACAUUAGAUGAUACAAAACUUUAUCUCAGUAAAGAAUUAUCGCUUUUGAAUUCAAUUCAAGAGAACUACAAUGAAGCAAUGGCAUCCGUAAGUGGUAAAGAACAAUUCCUUAAACAAUUCGAGGCGAUAAUUUCUGGAGUUAAACGAAAUAGAGAAAAGGUCGAGAAAAAGUGUGCAGAGGAGAAGGAGAGGCGUUUUAAUCUCAAUAAGGACUUGGUAACACUUGUUGAGCAGCAAAGGAAAUAUGUCGCAGCAGUACGGCAACUUACAAUCGAAUGUCGAAAGAAUGAGGCCCUUCUGGGUCGACUCCGAGCCUCAUAAAUAUUAAAGAGUUUCGCAAAAUAUUCGAAUUUUUUGUUUUUAAAAAAAAGUUUUCGUUACUAUUCCUUAUAAAUUAUACAUCAUGAUAAUAUGGAAAGUGCUUUCAAAGAAAUAAUCAAUCAUGAGAAUUAAAGAAAGGUAGACAUUAAA